AUGACAAUAAGUGCUAUUCCUUCGAGUUAUGAACCUCCAAUUUAUAAUCUUUCCCAGAAGCACCAACCCGAGUUUAGUGGUACCAAUGACCUGGCUAUAAUAGAGGAGUGGUUAGAGAUUGUAGAGCGGGCGAUGGCCCUGUUUCCUAUGAGUGACCCAAAAAAGGUUUGUUAUGCUUCCUAUUUGCUAAGAGGUGAUGCCAGGAUAUGGUGGCAAUUAAUGGAGCAUACUUAUGUGGUGAGUGCUCUUUCUUGGAGUGAGUUUAAAAGGUUGUUCGAGGCAGAAUAUCGGUCAGCUGAUAUGAUAUCCACAAAGACCCAGGAAUUCACUAAACUGAAACAAGGGAAUAUGAAAGUUAGGGAGUCUGCUACCAUGUUUAAUUCCCUAGCCCGAUUUGCUCCCACCAUGGUCAGUACACAACAGUGCCGAUUAGAUAGAUUUGUUAAUGGAUUGCACCCCAAAGUUGCCCAGAUUACGAUGGUGGGUGGAAAGCCUCCUAAGACUUACAGCAAGGCCUUAUAA